AUGAAUUCUCAAUCAAAAGAAAAAGAACAUGUUAAAGAUGAAAUUUCAAAUAUAAGUGAUUUGAUCUGUAAACACGUAGAAUUAGAUCAUGGAUAUUGUAUUGAUUGUGGAUUAGACAUUAAGGGGGAUGAAUUGAUAUGGGAUAAAAUUAAUCAUAACACUAAUUUACCUAAACAAAUAACUAAGUUUAGUGUUAUAGAUCCAAAAAUUCGAACUCUCAAAAUGCUUAAAUUAAUUUUAACACCUCUUAAUCAAACCACCUAUAAAAAUGAAAUUCUUGAAAUCAUUCAUACUAAACAAUUCGUUGGGAAAAUUUCACUGCAAGUCAAAAUAACGAUUAUAUUAUUUGAUCUUUUAAAACGUGAUAACAUUCCAGUUACAGUUGAUGAUCUUGUUAAAUAUGCAUGUGUCAAUCGUUUUAAACUGCUAAAACAUUAUAGAAAUAACUUCCAUUUUAAGCCUAAAUCUGAUGAAUUUUAUGAAAUGAUUAUUAAAAGAGCCAAAGUAUUUAUUAAAACCACAUUUAAUAUCGAUUUAAAAGAAACUCCACCCAGCAUGCUAGAAAUGUUCAGAAAUAAUCAAACCUGUGAACCUUUUAAAUUUGCGAUAGUUACUCUUUUAAUUUAUUCUAAGAGUAACGAUUCAAAGGUUGUUAAUUUUCUUAAUGUUUUAUAUCACUUAAAAUGUAAAAUUAAAAGACAAAUUGAUGAUUAA